AUCUGGUGUCCACAUAUUCCUAGAAGAAGCGCAGCAGCAUUAGGUCUGGGUCCGGUCCGGUUCCGUCCAAACAAACAGACUAAAGAUGUCCCCUCUCGGCUCCCUUAGAAACCUGAUCAGCCAGAAGCUGUCGGCCGCCGCGGAGGAGAUCUUCUCGGAGUUCGAGAGGACCAUCCUGCGGUACGAGCAGGAGCUCGACCGCCAGCGCAAACUGCUGCGGGUCCGCGCGGGUCCAGACUCCCCGCAGCAGCAAACGUUCAAAGUCGAGGACUUCCUCUGCCUCUCAGAGGUGAAGUGUGGUUUGGACCUGGCGGAACCAGAACCUCCGCAGACCGCCAAGGAGCUGCACCACAGUCAGGACGACCCGCGGCCAGGAGUGAAGCAGGAGAUGGAGCCGUUCAUGGAGGCGGGUAAGCAGGAAAGCCAUCAGCCAGAACCGAGCCGACAGCAUCCUCUGCUCCUCCAGAACCAGGACCAGAACCAGGAGGAGGGCCAGCGUGGAGCGCCGCAGCCUCUGGACGUCGCAGAGCCGAUGCUGGAGAGUCAGGGAGAAGACGCAGUAGACGAUGAGUGUCGUCCGGACGCGGGAAAAGUCCUGUUCAAGUGUGACGUCUGCGGGAAGGUGUUCCGGUUCCAGUACCAGCUGAGGAUCCACGCCGUGGCGCACACCGACGAGCGGCCCUUCCCCUGCAGGAUCUGCGGCAAGAGCUUCAAGAGGAAGCGGUGCUUCCUGAUCCACAGCCGCGUCCACACCGGCGAGAAGCUGAACGCCUGCGAGACCUGUGGGAAGACCUUCACCAAGAGCUCCGCCCUCACCGUCCACAUGCGGAUCCACCGCGGCGAGAGGCCCUUCUCCUGCCAGAUCUGUGGGCGGAGCUUCACCCAGAACUGCGCGCUUAACGUCCACAUGCGGAUCCACCGCGGCGAGAAACCCUUCUCCUGCCGGAUCUGUGGGCGGAGCUUCACGCAGAACUGCACCCUCACCGUUCACAUGAGGAUCCACACCGGCGAGAAACCCUUCUCCUGCCAGCUCUGUGGGCGGAGCUUCACGCAGAGCUGCGCUCUGUCUACACACCUGAGGAACCACCCCUGAGAGAACUGCAGCUCACUUCCUGUCAGAAGGGGCAGGUUUGGGGUGGACGGUGGUGCAGUGGUCAGCACCUUCCCCUCACAGCGGGAUGGUCGUGGUUCGAGUCCCUGCUGGGUUCACGAGUCCUCCAGCAGUCCAACAUGGUUCAGUGGUGACGCUAAAGGGUCCAGGUGUGACGCUGUGACGGGGCUGGCGUCUUGUCCAGGUGAGCCCCGCCCUCGACCAGCAGCAGCCAGACCGCGUGACCCUGUAAGAGACGUGUCAAUGUCACGGCCCGUGGGCCGGAUCCGGCCCUCCAGAUCAUCUUAUUGUUAUUAAUGACCCGAUGUUAUCUUGAGCUCAUUUCUAACUUGUAUAAUUUUGACAAAAUAUAUUUUUAUGGAGAGUAAAAUA